AUGGCUCCAAUCGCUUCCGAUCCAAAAGACCUGAAGCUAGUAUUGAAUCCAGCGAAGCGCCGAGCACUUUCCCUUCUGCUUGGAACCAUCAUCUCUCACAUGCGCUUCAAAAUCGAACAAUCAUUCGAUCCCUCUCCAGACGCCGAAAUAGCACUUCCACGUGACCAGCCCCAAGACCCAGAAGAAGAGGCACGGCAAAGACGAUUGGAGGCCCGUCUCGAAAGGCCAAUGUCCACCCCAAAACUACAAGAGUUGAAGAAAGCAGCUCUCUUCUAUUUCGAUACUUGGUCGAAUGAAGUCCAUCAGCAGUUCAAGAAAAUAUGUGAUGGUAGCGAAGAUCCACGCUCGGAGCAACGGAGGAAAGAAUGGCAGGCUGCGCGGAACCCAACGCCUCCUGCCUAUACCCGCAACUCAGACAUCGAUACCAAGAAUCCUGAGCUUGAGGCUCAAUUUGAAGCAAAGGAACUCGAAGAAGUGAAGGAGGUCACACUGUUGCAAUCGCAGUUCCAUCCUAUUCAGACACGUCUUACCACCAUCUCAAAAGAAGACCGGAUCUGUGUUAUCAGUUGUAUGGUGCUUGUAUUGUUGAGUCUGGGACAUUAUUCUGCGCAUUCAAGGGUCUUGCUGUGCUAUCUUACUUCGGCCUUUGCUGUUCCGCUCAGCGUUCUCACGACGGAAGAGAAGGAAAUCGCCCAGGCUCUUUUGUUGGCAUCUAAAACCCUGACUGCUGAUGCCGAGACACAAAAGCGGCGAACUGAGAACGCUUCCUCUCGACGCUGGAAAGUCGGUCUUGCGUCAGUCGCUGGGGCAGCGAUUAUAGGUGUUACCGGUGGUCUGGCGGCCCCUAUCGUCGCUGGUGCCAUAGGAGGAAUCAUGGGGGGCGUCGGCUUGGGUGGGUUGGCAAGUUUUCUUGGUAUCUUCGCAAUGAAUGGGGCACUGGUUGGGAGUCUGUUUGGAGCUUUCGGAGGAAAGAUGACAGGGCAAAUGGUAGAUAAAUAUGCGAAAGAGGUAGAAGAUUUUAAGUUCAUCCCGAUAGCAUCCGAGUGGGGAGAACUUGGGACAAAAGAAGAUGCAGAAGUAGAAGCUCGCAGGCUUAGGGUCACGAUUGGUGUCAACGGAUGGCUGAAUGCCAAAGACGACGUCGUCAAACCUUGGAGGGUAUUAGGACGUGACAGCGAAGUUUUUGCACUGCGCUACGAGAUGGAAGCUCUGCUCGAACUGGGGAAGUCGCUUCAAAGCAUGGUCUCAUCUUAUGCCUGGUCCUUCGUCAAGCUCGAAAUCCUCAAACGGACGGUUCUAGCAACCCUUUGGGCGGCGCUUUGGCCAGUUCACCUGUUGAAGAUGGCAACAAGCAUCGAUAAUCCCUUUGCGGUGGCACGCAACCGUUCCGAGAAAUCAGGAGAAGUCUUAGCCGACGCUCUCAUCAAUAAAGCACAAGGCGAACGUCCAGUGACCCUCAUCGGCUACUCUCUUGGAUCGAGAGUUAUCUACAGUUGCUUACGCAGCUUAGCAGAGCGCAAGGCCUUCGGUCUGAUCGAAAAUGUUGUGCUCAUCGGAUCUCCUGUUCCUUCUACCCCUGACAAUUGGCGAGCCAUGCGUAGUGUUGUUUCAGGUAAGAUGUACAACGUUUACUCGAACAACGACUAUAUUCUUGCCUUCCUGUACCGGGCAACAUCUAUUCAAUUCGGUGUGGCUGGCUUACAAUCUAUUGCUGACGUUGAGGGAGUGAGUAACCUCGACCUCAGCAAGGAGGUGUCUGGCCAUCUGCGAUACCCGGACCUGAUCGGAAAGAUUCUGAAAAGAGCCGGGUUUCAGGGAAUUGCGGUUGGUGACAUGGAUAUUGAA